AUGUUUGCGGGCGUUCUUGCUUCCCCUUCCUUAUGGCCUUUCUUUUGCCCCUAUCUCUCUCCUAAGUCAUUUCCAGUAUAUCUCUUGGCAUAUCUGGGUUCCUUGGCGCAUACAACACAGUCUCGAGUCUGGCAGCUAACGAGGGUGCAGAACAACAAGGACCAAUUGAUCCAAUCGCUUCGGACUCAUCGGGUCAACACCAUCACCGAGUUACGCCGUAUUGAGAAGAUCUUCGCAUAUCUGGACUCGGCCGAGGUGACAGAGCCGAUGACGACGGCGUGGGCUCACUAUGUCAACUCUAACAACCUGUUGAGUGAGCUCCGUGGCCUCACCAAGACAUACCCAUUCAGUUCUGAGUGUCUCGAUGAAGCCAAAGCUCUGGUGGUGCGCGACCCGAGUAGCACCCGCAGCUGGAACUACUGCUGGCUAGUCCUCGUGAAGAUGGAGAAGGAGAAUCUCAUCGCCAAACACGCGCGCGCUCUUGCUUCCAAGGCUAGCACAUGGGGAGGUCGCAGGCCGACGAAGGAAGAGUUCGAACGACUUGUUGCUGCUUGCGUGGCCGAAUGGACCCGCGCACUCCGGCAGAUGCUCAAACAUUGGGACCAACCUCCGAGCACGACGGGGAAUUGA